AUGGAGUCCACCGCGGCUCAGGUGAAGGUCAACUUCACCACCACCCAUGAAGACCUCCAACUGCCUGAGAACAAGAGGCAACUUCUCGUGCCGUCCGACAUCAAGCGAUAUGGCCUCUCCCGCAUUCUCAACUCGGAGUCUAUGCUCAACACAUCCGCACCGGUCCCUCUCGACUUCCUUGUCAAUGGCACGUUUCUCCGCACAACCCUCGAAGAGUACCUGCAGACCGAGGGACUUUCCUCCGAAACCACCAUCACGCUACAAUAUGUUCGCUCCCUGCUGCCGCCCACGUACGAGGCCUCGUUCCAGCAUGACGACUGGGUUGCCUCGGUCGAUGUCCUCUCCGCCACCUCGGCCGCCGGCCGCUGGUCUGGCGAAGACCUGAUCCAGGGCCAGGACCGCAUACUCUCCGCCAGCUACGACGGUCUCGUCAGGAUAUGGGACGGGUCCGGCUCGGCGCUGGCCACCUCGGCGGCGGCCCGCGGUGGCGGUCACGCCAAAAUGCUCACGUCGGCCAAGUUUCUGAGCUCGACACAGAUCGCAUCCGCCGGUCUCGACCAGAAGAUUGUCGUCUGGAAGUACACCGAGGCAGCGGACCGGCUGUCGGGCGAGCUCAAGCCGACGCUCGAGCUGCACGGGCACAAGCAGAAGAUCAACAGCCUCGCGGCCCACGGCCCCUCGAAGCGGCUCCUGACGGCGUCCAACGACGGCACCGUCGGCUUCUGGCUCGCGUCGAAGAAGGCCGUCGACGCUGACGCCGAGGACAUACCGGCAACGCACACGGCCAAGCGCGCGCGCGUCGCCUCGUCGGUGACGGUGCCGCAGAAAGGCGCCGCUCGCGCUUCAUCGCCGCGCACGGCGAACGCCCGCGGGGGACGGCGGGCCGCCUUUCCACCCCGACGGAAGCGAACGGUCGGCCUAAUUCGGCCUCGACCGGACCACACGCUCCGCACGCUCGAACCUGAACGACGGCGCGCGUCGUCUCGACGCUGA